UCAUUAGAUUCAGAGACUCAGUUGUCUUUACUAGUUCUCGUCUGUAGGGGGCUCUUCGUGUUUCUAUCGGCCAAAUCCGUCAGCCUUGAUGGUGUCCGCGAGCAGCUCCGCAACACCAUCAUUCCCUGGAUUCUCUCCAUGUCCCCGACCAAGCUUUCCCGUUCCUUCUCUUCCUUUCGCUCCAACAAGAGAGCAUGCAAUGCUUCGUCCGUCCAGACUCUUCUCAAGAGAGGGUUCACCCCCGCCAUCAAGCACUUCAACCUCCACCUCCUCUUCCUCUCUCGAUCCCACAAAUUCGACUCCAUCGUCCACCUCUUGUCUCAGCUGGAGCAAAACAAUGUCCACCCCAACUCGCGCACUCACUCCAUCUUCACGCGGGCUCUUCUCGAACUCCGCAAAUUCGAGGAAGCAGAGCGGUUCAUGAGGUCUCCGACGGCCAGGGCUUCGAAUUUUGCCAAGAACCGCAUCUGGGACUCUAUAAUUCAAGGCUACUGUGUCCAUCGCGAGGACCCGGAAAGAGCAUUGUCAGUUUUUCGUGACUGCUUGAGUGGGUGUCGUGUCUUGCCUUCUUCCUAUACUGUUUGUUCUUUAAUUCAUGGGUUUAGCUCUCGCGGGAUGAUGGGAAGAGCGAUUGAGGUCAUGGAGUUGAUGGCGGACGAAAAGAUGGAAUACCCUUUUAAUAAUUUCGUUUGUAGUUCUGUUAUUGCUGGGUUUUGCAGAAUAGGGAAACCAGAACUUGGCGUUGAGUUCUUUGAGAAGGCCAAGAUUUCGGGGGCUUUACGUCCCAAUCUAGUCACUUACACUGCCCUUGUACAUGCUCUUUGUAAGUUAGGUAGGGUUGACAAGGUCGGCAAUUUAUUUCGUGCGAUGGAGGAGGAGGGUCUGGCUUUUGAUGUCGUGUUUUUUACUUGUUGGGUCUGGGGUUAUCUCAAGGAAGGUUUUGUAAUGGAGGCUUUUAGGAAGAAUAGUGAAAUGUUAGAGAAAGGAAUUGGUGCAGAUACUGUUAGCUAUACCGUCCUUAUGGAGGGAUUUUCUCGAGAAGAAACUGCAGAAAAGGCGGUUGGAUUUUUGUCGAAGAUGAGAAACGAAGGAUUGAAACCCAACCUAGUUACUUACACCGUGGUGAUAUUGGGACUUUGCCGGAAAGGAAAACUGGAAGAAGCAUAUAACAUUUUUAAGACUAUUGAAGAUAUAGGGAUGGUUGCAGAUGAACUUCUGUAUGCAACUUUGAUAGAUGUUGCUUGUAGGAAAGGUGAUUUUGAUCUUGUUCUUGAUUUGCUGAGUGACAUGGAUCGGAAGAGGAUUAGUCCGGGUGUCGUUACGUACAAUACUGUUGUGAACGGACUGUGCAAAUCUGAGAGAACAUGCGAGGCGGAUAAAUUCUCCAAGGGAGUUGUGGCAGAUGUUGUUACAUACAGUACCUUGUUGCAUGGGUACAUUGGAGAAGAGAAUGUCGAGGGAGUACUAGAUAUAAGGCGGAGGUUUGAAGAAGCUGGAUUUUCUAUGGACAUUGUCAUGUGUAACAUACUAAUUAAGGCGUCAUUCAUGGUGGGAGCAUUUGAAGAUGCUCAUGCACUCUAUAAGAGAAUGGCAAAUAUGAAUUUAACUGCUGAUUCCAUUACGUACUGUACGCUAAUUGAUGGAUUCUGUAAACUAGGAAGAAUAGAUGAGGCGCUAGAGAUAUUUGAUGAUUUCAGGGAGACAUCAAUUUCUUCUGUUGCAUGUUACAACUGUAUCCUCCAGGGCCUGUGCAGGGAAGCCAUGAUUGAUAUGGCCAUUGAUGUAUUUCUUGAACUUAUUGAAAAGGAUUUGCCCGCAGACACAUGCAUUUGUAAGGUAUUGAUUAAGGCAGCUUUUAGAGACCAAAAUGCCGAUGGCGUCUUAAAUUUGGUUGUCAGAAUUGAGAAACUACCCUUGGAAAUACACGAUAAGGUAUGUAACGAGGCUAUCUGCUUUUUGUGCAAAAAAGGUUUUUCAGAGUCCGCGUUGGAGAUUUACAUGUUGAUGAGAAGGAAUGGCUCACUCAUUACAAGCAAGUCUUACUUUUUAAUGCUCAAAGGACUUAUAGACGGGAAGAAACACAUGAUUGAGCCUUUUCUGUGUAAAUUUGUUAAAGAAUAUGGAAGUGGUGACCCUAAAGUGGGAAAAACAAUAGCACGAUAUCUAAGCUUGAAGGAUGUCAACAGGGCCCUUCAAUUUGUCAACAAGAUGAAGGAGGGAAAGUCAAUUGUCACCUUAACUACAUCUGUAUUUAAGAUACUUAUACAGGAUGACAGAGUUUUAGAUGCAUAUAAGCUACUCAUGGAUGCGAUAGAUCAUGUUCCUAUGGAUGUGGUUGAUUAUUCAAUCAUGGUCAAUGGUCUCUGCAAGCGAGGAUAUAUUAACCAGGCACUUGAUCUUUGCUCUUUCAUUAAGAAGAAGGGGAUAGCCCUCAACGUUGUCUCUUACAAUUCAGUCAUUAACGGGUUGUGCCGCCAGGGUCGAUUAAUGGAAGCAUUUCGGCUCUGUGAUUCUCUAGAGAAAGUUGGUCUGGUUCCAUCUGAGAUCACAUAUGGUACACUAAUUGAUGCUCUAUGCAGGGAGCAAUUUCUGACUGAUGCUCAACUACUUUUCCAGAAAAUGAUCCGUAAGGGGCUCGAACCUGGUACUCAUGUUUACAACUCAUUAAUUGAUAGCUAUUCUAAGAUUGGUAUGUUGGACAAUGCAUUGCAGCUUCUCCAUGAAAUGGAGAUGAAAGGCCUUAAGGUGGAUGCAUUCACUGUAAGUGCCGUGAUUAAUGGUUUUUGCCGAAGUGGGGAUAUGGAAGGGGCUCUCACCCUUUUUUCUGAGUUCAAGAAUAAAGCUAUCUUACCUGAUCUGUUGGGUUUUCAGUAUCUGCUAAGAGGUCUGAGUGCCAAGGGAAGGAUGGAAGAGGCAAGGAAUGUGUUGAGAGAAAUGCUUCAGUCUCAGCCUAUAGUGGAGCUGAUAGACAAAGUUGACUCUGAGUUUGAAACGGAAUCGAACAAUUUUCUUGUGCUUUUAUGUGAGCAAGGGAAUAUAAAAGAAGCUAUUACUCUCCUCGAUGAAAUUGGCAACAUGUAUCAUCCUAUUCAGAAAUUCCAUGCUGAUUUUAAUGAGUUGGCAAAACCAAACAUGCGUUAUGAGGGAGAGGGAUUUAAAACAGAUGUUGCAAGGUCUAUGACAGACCUUGGUAAUAAAGGUCUGGAAAUUUGGCCAUUGGAAGUGAAGAAUGUGGAGGAUGCUAUGAGGGCGACGAAAGCUAAGCUUAAUGAUUUUGAAUCUUUCUAUUCCCUGGUUGCUUCACUAUGUUCAAGUGGGGAGGUAGAAAAGGUCAACCUGCUUCUGAAAGGAUUUGUUUGCUAAUGCAGAAGAAAACUAAUUUUGCUCCAACGUUAUUAGCUUGAGUAUUGCUUGCUCUCUCUGAUUCAUGAUGGCUCACUUCCAGGCAUUAAUAGCAGAUAUAGCUUCAUAGGAUCAAUAGACAUUUGGUCAACAGAUAGCAGUUGAGGUCACCUCUUUAGGAAUUAUGAGCUAAAGAAGAUGGUAGAUCAGGAUUAUCGUGCUUAUAUCCAGAGGAUGAAGUUACUUUUGGACACCUGCACUCUAAGGACAAUCUUCUCAUGGUGUUCAUUGGGGACUGCUGGGUGUUCCAUGGGCAUCCAUGGAUGCACCAAUUCUUGGUGCCAUUGGCAUAUGUUCUUCAUGUGGACGUUGAAUGUCUCUCUCGAGCGAGAGGGCUUCGCGGAGAGAACUCCGUUAACAAGUUUGAUGAGUUAUCGUUUCAUAAAACGGUCUUAUCCUUAAUUUUGAUAUUCAAGAAGUUCUUUGAUACCUUCGGAGACCUGAAUUUAUGGAGGAAAUACAUCCAAGGUGCGGAGUAUUAAUGAAUUUAAUUCUGGCCUGCCUCCUGUAAUUGAGGCUUCAGCCGCUUUGUACCAUCUGCUAUCUACUGUUGAUUCAUUUCUCUACA